UCUGAGGAUUGGACAAGUUUGCAAUCUAACAGACAAACAUUACGGUGUUCCAUUGUAUUGUGUAAAACCGAAGAAGAACGGAAUUCAAUGCAGCCAUUGGACAGGCAUCAAUUCAGUACCAUGGUUGAAGAUGACACUAAAACCUAACAGCGAAUGGUAUUUGAAGUCAUUUGUCCCAGGUACUUUUCCAGGCAAUGUCACAGUACACAUUCCUUCUGCCCCAAACGCAGCGAUGGCUUCAAACAUCCCUUGCAGAAGGGCAAACUUCCGGAACACCUGGCUGUCAAACCCUGUUGGUUUCUUUUACAACUCUACGUGGCGCUCCCCGUCGUGUUUUAAUGAUAUAACUGUCAAAGACUUUGACCGCUGCCUAGCCAACAGAACCCUUAGAAUGUUUGGUGAUUCCACUGUCAGACAGUUGUUUACUUUCUUGUUCAAAUAUCAGAAUCUUACUUGGGCAAUUGGACCAAAGGAAGCUCACAACAACAUUAUACCAACGAGCAAAUGGUAUUCCUAUUCCGAGGCAUACAACAAGAGGUUUAACUAUACUGUCUUUUGGGCCCCCCAUGGUCUACCUAUGUCGUUUGAAAAUGCCAACAGGACUGCGAUUCGACCAUGUUUUGUCCAUCUAGACGAAAUACCUUCCGGUUCUAGAGAUAUUGUUCUCAUUCAUCUUUACGCUCAUUUCCAAUUGUUUCCUCUACACGUGUUUAAGGCUCGAAUGAAGCAUAUAAGACUAGCAACAGAGAGACUACUGAUACGAGCACCCGAUAUAAAAAUUGCCAUUAAAGGACCACACUAUUUCAUUAAACAUAGUACAGGGAACACUUUAGGUGGAUUGUGGGGACCUGUAUAUGAUAAAAUCAUCAGACAAGAAUUUGUUUCUCUUUAUGCUCGUGUCAUAUACCUCGAUGUUUGGGACAUGCACGUUACUGAUGAGAAUUCUGACAUUCAUCCUUCUGAAGAAUUGUUAAAGACGAUGCUUCGCACUUUGUUCGGAUAUGUGUGUUCAAAAUGAGGAUAACCAUUGGCCAUGUAAGUUAUCAUACAUUAUCAUAUAUUUAACGUAUCGCUAAUCGUGGCGUUUUUCAAGAGUACACUAUGUUUGUAGAUGCAUUUAAAUAGUUGAAAUGAACAAUGCUACGCUCAUGCAAUAUUCUGUUACUUUUGGGGGCUUUGCUUAAAA